GCAAGGUGCCAUUAAGUUUUACAGUUAUUUUGCUUUUUCACAAAGGUUUUUAUAUACUGUUUGAAAAAAUUUUAUACUUGAAGCAAAACUUCCGUAUUUUUAAAGGCUUGUCACGAUGAUACAGAGGCUGGCAAGCGAUAUAAUAUCGGAACUCCGAUCAGAUGUAGCAUUGACUAGUCUUGCACAAUGUGUGGAGGAACUGGUUUUGAACUCAAUUGACGCCAAUGCCAACAGCAUCACUGUCGACUUGAGUUUAUCAAAGAUUUAUGUGGAGAUUUCUGACAAUGGACAUGGAUUGCUUCGAGAGGAUUUAGAUCGCAUAGCUCAAAGAUAUUUUACAAGCAAAUGCCACGACGUGAACGAUUUAUCAAAUUCCUUAUCAUAUGGUUACCGGGGUGAAGCACUUGCUAGUUUAGUUGAAAUUUCGGAGCAGGUCGAGAUAACAAGUAGACGCAGAGAAUCGAAUCGUACUUAUUGCAAACUAUUCAAAAAGGGUCGAAGCAUUGGCAUUCACGAAAGCCCCACUAUUCGGUCGAGACAUGGGACAACUAUCAAGGCAAGCGAUAUAUUCUACACGCGACCUGUUAGACAAAAACGUAUCUCCGGUAAGGUAGAAUUGGAGCACAUAAGAAGACAUAUCUUAGCCAUCGCGUUGAUAAGUCCCAGGGUAUCUUUUCAUCUUCGCAAUCGGGAGAGUGACACCACUAUCUUACAAACAGGUGCUAGUGCAUCUGCGAUCUCCGUUAUAGCCCAAGUUCUUGGUCCCGAAAUAGCGACGUCAUUCCAACCAAUUCAUCAUACUUUAGGAAAAUUUACCGUCACUGGUUUUGUAAGUAUGAAGGGCUUUCCUAACCGUAAUUUUCAGUUUGUCUACCUAAACAGAAGACUGUUGUUGAAAACGCGUUUGCACAAAGUCGCCAAACACAUGUUAUCAAGACUGCACGAAUCAAGUGCACGGUUAGAUUCUGCGUCUGAGACCUGUGGGCGAUACGCGGGAUUUGUGAUUGAUCUCAAAUGUCCCACUAAAUCCUACGAUGUCGCGUUUGAUCCGAGAAAAACAUUUGUUGAAUUUCAAAAUUGGGAUGAACCAAUCACAUGUUUAGAGGCCUCCUUGAGGAAAUUUCUUACGAAGGAAGGUGUUCCUGCUGAGAAUCUACCCUUAUCUUUAGCGCAAUGUGAUUCGGAAAUCUCUUCCGAAAGAAGACGGCUUUCGUUGUAUAAACGAUCCAUAAAAGCUUGUGAUAUGAAGCGAAGCCUUCAUUCCUCCACGGCAAAGCGAAGGUGUGAAACGGCACAAAAGACCAGCAGUUUGGUAGUUUCCUAUAAUUCAAGUAUGGACAGUGGAGACACGCGCAAUUUUUUUACUUCUUCUUUACAUAACCUCAUUGACUUAAAAACACUGAAAACUUCGCCGAGCAAUGCUUCCAGCAAGUUUCCUCGUGAUUUGUCAGUCGAAUCUUUAACUGAUGAAAAUUGCUCAAGGUCACGGACACAUAAUGAAGUUACAUUACGAGAAUCUAUUCUGAGAAAGUUAAAAAAAUAUGGGGAACAUCCAACUGCUGUCAAACGAAGUUCCUCUGUUUUGGAGAGGUCGCCUGAGUUUAGUUCUACGCCUUGUUAUCUUCGAAAGAAUGAAGAAAUGCGGAAAGAUCUUACGGAAAUAUCAAUAAACAAUGAGAAAGAUAAGAGACGACUGGGAUAUAGAAAACAGCCUCGUCAACUUUGCGAUUCAAGUGAAGCACACUCGCCUGAUUAUAUCGAUGAAAGACACGAUUCAGAUUGCUGCCAUUUGGUUGAACCUACCCGACAAAACGUGAAGAAUUUGGCAAUGAAAGGUUGUAAAAAUGUAAAAGAAAAUACCGAAAUGAAAGACAUUUGUUUCAUUCAUAGUGAAGCAGAGGGCCUUUUCCCAGUUCCCGAAGUGGCCAGUUGUCCGAAAAGAGAUUUCGACAAGAAACAAGUGGAAGGAGAUGGGGAAGUUUUCACUACUGAAACGACAUGCAAACAAAAGGAAGCAUCUUGUGGAAGUGAAGUGGUUGAAUCUUUUGGAGACUUGAAUGAAAAUGUUGAUAUGUACUUUGGCUCGGGUGCUCCAACAGCGGCCCUUGACACUGACAUGACAGAGAAUGAAUCUGAUUGGAUGUUACAGCCCAGUCCUCACAGUGGCCAGCGGUUAUACGUCAACUUGCGCACAGGUAAUACAAAGUUUGACUCGGGCACUCCAUCCCUUGAGGCAGAAAGAACAGUUCACCCUGUCAAAAUGGUGUCAUGCGUCACAAAAGAUAACAAACAGGGGGGUAAUAUUUGUCCGUUUCGCGAAUUCCCUCCUCAUCUGACGCGUGAUUUCACAAAUGGAUUGCCUAGAAAUAAUGUAAAAUCAAAAGUUGUUGUAAGCGAGCAGUCCAGUCAUGUUGCUGUGAUGUGGGAUCAGUGGGUAAAUCCUGUUUUCGAAAGAAACGAAACGCAUGUUGCUGACGUUAGUUUCACUCAGACCAGCAAGACCACGUUGUUACCACGUGGUUCCUCUCGUCCAUUUAAGUUCACUAAGGACUGUUUCGAUCGACUGAAGGUAAUAAGACAAGUCAACGACAGAUUUAUCAUGUGCUAUUUCAAAGGUGUUGAGGACUGUUUUCUUAUUGCCGUCGAUCAACAUGCAGCAGACGAACGUGUUCGAUUGGAACGUUUCUCAAAAGUCAGCAAUGAUUCAGAGGGAAGGGAAAAACUGCGAUCCGAAAUGAAGAAUUUUAUCGAGGAUCUGGUCAAGGAACAGAUAGAGAAAAUGCUCUUGUCCAAGGGCGAUUCUUCAGUUUCUUCUCUUCCAAAAGCGAUCACAAAAAUUCUGCACUCUAAAGCUUGUCACGGUGCAAUUCGCUUUGGUGAUCAUCUUUCCACAAAAGAAUGCGUAAAUCUUGUAGCGUUGCUCUCUAAAUGCGAUUUGCCAUUUCAAUGUGCCCACGGAAGGCAAGUGAAGUACAAACAAAGACCGUAA